CCUGCUGCGGGGUCAGGUGAGCCGCUGCCGCUCCCAGGCGUGUCCAGCCCUGGGCGCUGCCCGCGCGGCUACUAAUCCCCGCCCCGGCCCAGCUCGCCCGCACUUGCUGCCCCGCGUCCCAGCUGCCGCUCCCGCUCCGCCGUGCCCAGCUCCCCGGCUCGGGGUGGGCGCCCCGCGGGCAGCAUGUACGGCGGCCAGCAGCAGGUGCAGCCCCAGGCGCUGCCCCCGCACCUGCAGCAGCACCGGCCCCAGCCCUGCUACCACACGCUGCCUCUGCCGCACCACCGGCCCCGGCCGUGCCCCGAGCCGCUGCCGUGCUACGAGCCGCCUCCCCUGCAGAGCCGGCCCCGGCCGUGCCACCAGCCCCUGCAGAGCCGGCCCCAGCCGUGCCCCGAGCCGCUGCCGUGCUACGAGCCGCCUCCCCUGCAGAGCCGGCCCCGGCCGUGCCCCGAGCCGCUGCCGUGCCCCGACCCGCCGCCCUUGCAGAGCCGGCCCCGGCCGUGCCCCGAGCCGCUGCCGAGCUGGCCCCAGCAGUGCCCGGAGCCGCCUCCCUUGCAGAGCCGGCCCCGGCCGUGCCCCGAGCCCCUGCCGAGCUGGCCCCAGCAGUGCCCGGAGCCGCUGCCCAAGCCAUGCCCCGAGCUGCGGCCCCUGCCCUGUCCGGAGCCGCUGCCCCACCAGCACCAGGACGGCAACGUGGUGUACGAGCGGGUGAGGACCUAUAGCUGCCCCGGCGGCAAGCGGGUGCAGGUGCUGGAGCCCCCUCCGUGCUCCCCCAGGCCGGUGUCCCCGCUGGAGAACGCGCCAGGCCACCAGCAUGUCAUCUGGAGCCGCGACCCGCCUCAGCAGUUACAGGAGCCAUUGUCUCCAUUUCUGAGAGGAGGAAGUUACUGCCCAGGGAACAAUGUUAUCUAUGAAAAGACAAUAAGAAAAUAUGAGUUGCUAAAUCCUGAACAGGAGAAACAAUACCAGUUUUCCCACCAGUCCAACCAAUCCCAGCUUAGCCAGGUAUGCCAGCAAUCUGAACAGCCCCAAAUCAUCCACCAGUGCCGAGAAACACAAAGUUGCAGUCCCUGUGAAAUAAGCUCAAUCUCUGUGAGUGAUGGUGGAAGAGGAACGAACACCGUGCAGAGAGUAACAAUCCAAGGCUGCGAACCAGUACACAGUCUUCAAGAAACUAAUGAGCAGCUGGACUCAAGAUAUUUUGGCGAGCUACUUGCUGAAGUGAACCGCAAGAGCAAUGACCUGUACAGCUGUUUACUGCAGCAUGUGGAAAAGAUAGGAAGAAGGACACAGGACAAUGAAUCUACAAGUCAAGCAGAAGAUAUUGAAGGUUUGAUUCCCAAAGGACUAUCAGAGUUGACAAAGCAGCAAAUUCGCUAUCUCCUGCAGAUGAGAGUGACAUCCGAUAAAUCACUGCGACUUGUACUUUCCACUUUUGGCAGUUUGCGCGAGGAGCUUUGCCAUCUACAAGAUGACUUAGGGAAAUUGGAAACUGACAAGAUGUUACUAGAGAAAGAUCUGGCUUUUAAAGAAUCUCAGGUGAAGGAGUAUGAAACACUGUUGGCAUCUGUGAGAGAGAAUAAUCGCCAACAGCAGCAAGGACUCAGAGACAGUGCUUCAAAAUGUCGUUCAUUGGAGGAACAGAUCAUCUCUCUCCGGUAUGCUGAGGGAGAGAAGGACUGUCGGUUAAAAGAACUGGAAUACUGCAAGCGUGCCUUGGAACAAGAGAUUCAGAACCUGAGAAUGCAGACCUGUUCUAAUCCAGUGAUACAAACCAACACAGAUGAGCUCUCUAGUCGUUACGUGGAGAUGAUUAACAACCUGAGAGAGGAUAAAGAUAGAGAGAUCCGCAAUCUUAGGUCCCAGGUAAACCAGUUCCAGCAGGAUAUUUCAAGACGAGAUGGAAGUAACAGUGACUUCCAGAUGAGGCUGCAUGAACUAACUUCAAUGUUAGAAGAGAAGGAGACUUUUAUUAAACAGCAGCAAGAGGAACUCUUCAGGUUGAAGCAAGAAAGAUUAUCAUGCAAUCAAUCCACAGGUGUAACAAAGUCUAUCAUCACAAAAAAGUACAUGAACCAAUAUCCAAUCCUUGGUCUCCUGUCUGAUGACUACAUGGUUUCAUCACCAGUUAGACAAACGGAGACUAUUGUAAUUGAGAAGACUGAAGCAAUGUAGAAGCAUGAAUGAGCAGCUGGGACUGUCACUGGAUCUGUUCAAAGGAGCUCAUACCAAAUGACUAUCAUUGCUUUACCUGCUGCUGUUUUUCAUCAUUAAAAGGUUCAGUCUAAUAUUUAGAACCAGGCCUUCCCCUGAAUCCCUGUCUAAGGUGUAUGUGUUAAUCCAUUAUUUCCCACUGUGUGUCUUUGAGAAAAGCAAUGGCUGGCCUUACUCAAAGCAAGCAAUUAACUUCUAGCUGAUGAAGAACAUGCAUUAUGAUGUUCAGUCAUUCCAGACUACAUUGAGUAAAGGGGUAUUUUCCAUUCCUCUGUCUGUCUUGCUGCAUUACUAAGCAGAGGACCCAAAACCCCACCUAUAUUUAGUUUGCAUGUUGGCUUUUUCUCUGCAUGCACGGUGAAGAAUAAUAGUCAUAACAGUUGUAAACGGUAGAGGCAAAAUUACAUCAAUUACAAAUGACAUGGUAAAGUUUGACAUAUACCUCUGUGGUAAGCACAUCAGCAUUUCUUGCAAGGGGGGGCACUCAUGAUUUUGAUACACUUAAGUGUUUAAAAUAGCGGUACUAGUUUCUACUGUACAAAAUCUUGUAAAGUGUUACCGUAUAUACUUGAUCAUAAGCUGGUUCAUUUAUAAGCCAACCCUAUAAUUCAGGGGUCAGCAAACUUUGGCUCCUGGGCCAUCAGGAUAAGCCGCUGGUGGUCCGAGAUGGUUUGUUUACCUCAAGUGUCCACAGGCACAGAGGUAAACUAAGUAGUGUGUCCUGGCACACCAGCUGCUUACCAGGACAGCACCUGGUGGGGAAAUUUUUUGGGGGGGGGAGAAGCUGGGAGUAACUCCUGUGACCACCCCUACAUGACCCCACCCCUAGCGCGGGACCCCCACACACUCCCCCUCCCAUCCCUUCCCACCUUAUCUGGGGAGGGCCAGGGGAGGAUGUCUCUGACCUGGCUGGAGCUGCUCUGGCAGGCCAGACCGGGUGGCGCGGCCGCAGCAUAUUCCAGCGGGCUGGACCGGGCAGCAUGGCCACAGCCUGCUCUGGGGGGCAGGGCCAAGCAGCACAGCUGCAGCCUGCGAGCCCCAGAGCUGCAGCUGCUUCGAAGGCUGGGGGGAGAGCAGCAUGGCCAGAAGCCUC